AUGUCGAGCAACUCUAGCCUACCAGCUCCACCAGUUUUCAAGGGAGAAGGGUAUGAUUUCUGGGCCGUACGACUGGAGGCACUUCUCAAUGCUCAUGAUCUAUGGAACUCUGUUGAAAAGGGUUAUGAGCUAGUUGAACUUGCUGAUGAUGCCACCGUGGCCCAGAUUAAGGCACAGAAGGACUCACAGACACGAAAUUUUAAAGCACUGUCUUACAUUCAUGCUGCGGUCACGGAGGAAAUUUUCUCGAGGAUUGUUGGCCUCAAGACAGCCAAGCAAGCCUGGGAACAAUUGAAGGAGGAGUUUAAGGGCAAUGAAAGAGUAAGGUCUGUCAAACUUCUCACGCUCAAAAGAGAGUUUGAACUGCAGAGAAUGAGGGAGAGUGAGUCUGUAAAGGAGUAUUCUGAUAAGUUGAGUAAUCUGGUGAAUCAAAUGCGUUUGUAUGGGGAGGAUAUUACUGACCAGAAGGUAGUAGAGAAGAUGUUGAUCAGUCUGCCAGAGAAAUUUGAAGCAAAAGUCUCUGCCAUUGAGGAGUCAUGUGAUCUCACCAAGCUUACUGUGUCUGAGUUAUGCAGUAAGCUGCAAGCUCAAGAACAGAGGGCUUCAUUGAGGAAUGAUGAAGUGACUGAAGGAGCAUUUCAUACUAGGCAUAAAGGGGGGAAACAAGGUUCAUCCUUCAAAGAUAACAAGAAAUACAAUCAGGACAAAUCAGGGAAAGGCAAGAGUGAGAAUUCUGGUGAUCAAACUCAGAAAAAGGGUAACUAUCCUCCUUGUGGAACUUGUAGUAGGACCAAUCAUCUGGAGAAGGACUACAGAUACAAGGGCAGGUCUCCAGUUCAGUGUUGGUUUUGUAAGAAAAAUGGUCAUAUUGAGAAAAAUUGUAAACAGAAGCAGCAGUCUUCUGGGCAGCAAUCUCAGCAGCAAGCAAAUUUUUCUGAUGAUCAUAAGCAACAAGGCAAGGAUCAUUUGUUCAUGGCCCAACAUACAACACAAUUAUCCACAUCAAACUCAUGGAUAAUUGACAGUGGUUGUACAAGUCACAUGGCCAAGGACAUUGAUUUGUUUACUUCUCUAGAUAAGUCUGUGAAGACCAAGGUGAAGAUGGGCAAUGGUGAUGUUGUAGUAGUUGAGGGAAAGGGGACAGUUGCUGUUAGCACUAAAAGAGGUACAAAGUUUAUAUGA